AUGGCAGAAAUACCUGCCGGCGAUUACGGACACGUGCAUCGAUCGAUAGAUCAAUUGCGUUCGAUGAACGCACUGAACGAACGAGGACACUCAUUAAGCGUGACAGAUUUACGUCCGUUGGAAUACAAACCGUACGCUGACAGGCCGGACGACCGGGACGGAUCCGGCAUAAGCAGGAAUGGAGAUCGGGAUGAUUCAGGAGCCGGCAAGCAAUCAUACAGUGCACCAUCGACGCCCCCGACCCCUUUAUCAGUGGCCGAUGCACAAUUGCAGGACUCCAAGAUAUUUGGAUCGAAAGCUGAUCUCCAAUUGCAUACGCAAAUACACAUGCGGGAAGCGAAGCCCUAUAAAUGUUCGCAGUGCUCAAAAUCAUUUGCCAACUCCAGCUACCUGUCUCAGCAUACGAGAAUCCAUUUGGGCAUUAAGCCGUACCGCUGCGAGAUAUGCCAGCGGAAAUUCACUCAACUAUCACAUCUGCAGCAGCAUAUUCGCACGCAUACCGGGGAUAAGCCGUACAAGUGCAGACAUCCGGGCUGCCAAAAAGCAUUCUCGCAGCUAUCCAACCUCCAAUCUCAUUCACGUUGCCACCAAACCGACAAACCCUACAAGUGUAAUUCUUGCUAUAAAUGCUUCUCGGACGAACCAUCACUAUUGGAACAUAUACCCAAACACAAAGAAUCAAAACAUUUGAAGACACACAUAUGCCAAUACUGUGGCAAAUCGUAUACGCAAGAAACGUAUCUCACGAAACACAUGCAAAAGCAUGCGGAGCGCACCGAUAAGCGGCCACCCAUAACCGGCCUCGGUCCUGGUGUACACAGAGGACACCACGGUUUGGGAUCUGAUGGACCCCCAUUGCCUGGCGGCGAUCACCCAUAUUGGCCAAAAGUCAGCCCAGAUUCAGCCGCUGGUUUGGCUGAGGCCAUGCAACAACAUGAGUUUGCUCAACAACAUCCCGCACCCGAUCAUCACUUGCAACAUCACCGAGGUUUAUUAGAUCAUCAUCAUCACCAUCACCGCAUGAACGGUGACGCAAGCGACGAAUUGGCUGCAGCGCGGCAACAUAGUCUGGGACUAGGUGGCCAUCCUCACGCGGGACACGGCUCGCAGGGCGAUCCACCUGCGCCACCUUCCACUCCAGUAGCAUCUGCACCACCGAAUUCUGCAUUCACCCCAAUCAACUCGAUGGCGCCUCACCUGAAUCCGCUUAAUUCUCACCUCAACCACCAUCAGCUGUCGCAGCGACCGUAUCUCUACGACACGAUUGGCUUCCAAAAGCAGACCGGACCGCAGAAUCCUGGUGGCAAUGCGUUUCCUAAUCAAUUGAUCUCUCUGCACCAGAUACGAAACUACGCGCACCAGCCCGGUCCAGGACUUAUGGGCGGCGACCACUUAUUGGGCGUAGGAGUCGGAGUACCUAUGAAGGACAAAGCUCAGUAACGAGUUGAAGUCCACAAAUGUUUUACUCAUUGUGCUGUAUAUAGAUAGUAUUAUUACUGGGACCCUUGUGUUAAUGUGCCCUUUCUUAAUAUGGAUACUUGUGUUAUGUGCGUGUACUAUAGGUUUCAUUUAAUUAAAUAAAUUUAUUAAAUUCUAUUAGAUAAGGUUAUCAUGCGGCAUAUUUAUUAAAUAAUUGCGGCCUUUUUUGUUAUUGUUGAACUGUUUCUGUUAUAAAUUUUGCACUGAUUUUUUUAGUGCAAUGUCGGAUGGAUAUGCUUGUCUUUAUAUUGGCCGGAUGUUGA